AAGACAAAAGCGAAAGGAAAAUAGACCAAAACAAAAGCGAAAGGCGAAGACGAAAACAUGUCGCGGAAGCAUGCCCGGCACGUGGAAUUCAACCAUCGUUAGGCAGCAAAACACGGGUUUGCUGGAUUGGCGGCUGCUGCUUCAAAAGUUUCCGACCCACCAUUCCGUUCCAGUCCACGGACUCCACAGAAACCAUGGAGAAAUAAUGGUGGAAAAAAAUUGAAUUUUUAGGGAGAAUAUGGACAUGGGGUUUGCUGGAUUGGCGGCUGCUGCUGCAAAUGUUGGAUUUGGAGAAGCAGAAGAUGGAUUUGGAUCGAGCGCGAGCAGGGCUCGAGCUGCCUUUCAAUGGGGUGGAACCGUCUUUGCCUUAAUUUUGUUAAUCUUGAACCGAGCAGGGCGGAGAUCAGCCAUGCAAAGUAACUUUCUUGUACUGUACUUGUUUACAAGCUUCCCAACAGUGUUGUUCAAAAUUUUGAGGGGGCAAUUCGGUUAUUGGGUUUCCUUUCUGGCUGUUGCCGCAAACCUCUUCUUUCCUCAAACUGUUCCAGAUUUUCGUUUUCUGAUGAUUAUAUGUGUGCAGUUUCUCGUUCUCUUGUUUGUCGUCACACCUGUCUGGGUCGCUAACGGACUGCGUGAUAGUAUCGUGGGCUGCAUCUUUUGUCUAAUACUCGGAGUUUCGCUGGUCAUAACAGAGAUACGAGGAAUCGGAGGUUUUUGUAACUGUCAAUGUAAUUUUCAUUGCUUUGCUUAUUGUCUUUGUAUAGGAUUUAUCUUCUUCUUUACAAUAUUGUAUCUAUGCUCAGAAACUUGGUAGAAAAGGAGAAGAUGUAACAUGUAUUCUAGAUCAUUUAUUGGCUUGUUUAGAAGGCUUGUUCCGAACUCAACGAUGUUUAUGAAUAUUACUGAACAGUUCCAUUGCAGAUGCCAUA